AUGAGUGAUCUUGAUGAAAUCCUAGCGACAGGGAGCUUCAGAAUCAAGGAGUGGUACAUUUCUCGUGGUAUCGGUAAACCUGAAGGUCAGUCAGCUAGUGUGCAUAGUGGUGAGUCUAUUAGUCUUGGAGGUAGCGGUAACGAUAGUGUCAAGACCCUUGGGGUCUCUUGGGAUCAUAGCACUGAUUUUAUUCAUUUCAAGGUGAAGGAUCCACCUGACUCGUCUUUGACUAAGAGGUCUGUAUUGUCUCAUCUGUCAACUCUCUUUGAUCCACUUGGUCUUGCUACCCCAGUCACAAUCACUGCCAAAAUUGCCAUGCAGGACAUUUGGAGACUCAAGGACUUUGGUUGGGACACUGGUCUGCCCCCCGACCAGGUUCAGCGAUGGAAUGAGAUUUUCUCCAGUUUCAAACAACUUGAGACAGUGUCUGUCCCUAGGUCAGUUAAACCAGACGACGCAUUUGGAAUUCCCCAACUUCAUGUUUUCGGGGAUGCCAGCAUUCAUGCAUAUGGGGCUGUUGCCUACAUGCUGUGGCCAACAGCUGAUGGUAUUAGCGUCCGCCUGUUCUCGUCUAAGGCUAGGGUGGCCCCACUCCACCAAACCACAAUUCCGCGCCUUGAGCUGAUGGCAGCUCUCAUUGCCUCACGUCUGGCUAAGACUAUUCAUUCUGAGCUGCGUACCAAGCCUGAGGUCCACUUGUGGUCUGAUUCUGAGAUUGUCCUCCACUGGGUCAAGUCUGACUCUCUCUCCUUGAAGCAAUUUGUUGGGGUAAGAGUUGCUGAAAUUCAGGCAACCUGGGAUCCCUCAGUUUGGAAGUUUGUCCCAACAGCCCAGAAUCCUGCGGAUGAUCUCACCAGGGGAUUGACACCAGAAGAGAUGGCCGGUCGCUGGAUUGAGGGGCCAGAGUUUCUGAGGAAAGGAGAGACACAUUGGCCAGCUCAGCCGUCGAAGAUUGCUGAAAGGGAUUGUGAGAAGAGACCGGAAAGACAACCCCCCAAUAUGUCUGCAUCAGCUGUGAAGAUUGUUCCACCAAUCAAGUGUGAAGACUAUUCAAGUUGGCCUAGACUUAUCAAUGUGACAGCAUUGUGCCUCCGCUUCUUUGGUAAUCUGAGGGCCAGGGCAAGAAAGGAGGAUAUAAAGACCGGAGAGCUUGAACCAGGAGAACGAGAAAGAGCUGAAAGGUACUGGGUUUCUACUGCGCAGAGAGGGCUCAUUGAUUGGGAAACUCGUUGCAAGGAUCUGGCUCCCUUUGAGGACAAUCAGGGUUUGCUCAGGGUAGGAGGUCGUCUUCGCAAGUCUCCGCUGUCCUAUGAUGAAAAUCAUCCUUUUCUCCUCCCAGCAUCUUGCCACAUUUCCAGAUUGUUGAUGAGGAAUGUCCACUGGAAAAAUGGACAUUGCGGGUCUGAAAGUACUCUCUGCCAUGGCCGGAGAAAGUACUGGUUUCUGAGAGGUCGGAAUUUGGCACGUCAGAUUGUUAGAGAUUGUGUGGUGUGUAGGAAAUUGCGCAAGUCUCCACUGGUCCCUUGGAUGGCUGACCUACCCAGUGAGCGUCUUGCAUUGUUUGCUCCAGUCUACAGUACUACAGGCCUUGAUCUGUUUGGUCCAUUCUUCCUCAAAUGUGGUAGAAAUAAGAGCACGAAGGCUUGGGGAGCCAUCUUCACCUGUGGUACUGUAAGGGCAGUACAUCUUGAGAUUGUGGAAAAUUUGUCCACUCAGGCAUUUCUCCAUGCCUUCAGGAGAUUUGUCUCGCAUCAUGGAUGGCCGUCAACUAUCAUCUCAGACAAUGGUAGCUCCUUUAUCAGCACGGAGAAGGAGCUAAGAAAACUUGUACAGGAAGGGCGAGAGCAAAUUCAAAGGUUUGCCGUCCUCAACCAAGUCAAGUGGCGUUUUAUAACCCCUCUAAGUCCAAACCAGGGAGGAUUUUAUGAAUCACUUGUAAAAUUGGUCAAGAAAGGUCUCAAGUUAGUUGUUGGACAACAAACCCUCACGUGGAAUGAAAUGUCCACAGUAUUCGCGGAGGUCCAGAAUCUGGUCAACUCCAGGCCAUUGGGUUAUAGUUCAAAUGAUCCCAAUGAUUUACAGCCCUUAACGCGCAACCACUUUCUUCUUGGAAGAGCAUCGGCUGAAACGCCACAAGGUCCAUUCAACCCAACCAAAAAUCUCCACAAGAGAUUUGAAUUUACCCAGAGUUUGGUAAAUCAGUUUUGGACACGGUUUGUUCGGGAAUAUUUGCCCACAUUGCAAAGAAGGUCUAAGUGGCUUCGGAAGGACAGAGAGGUUCAGGUUGGUGACAUUGUCCUUUUGGUUGAUCCAAGUGCAGUGCGCGGUCAAUGGGAGCUAGGUCGAAUCGAAGAAGUAUUCCCUGGAGACGACGGUGUCAUCCGCAAUGUUCGCGUCAAAGUCAAGACCGGUUUCAGGAAUCGUUCAAUUCAGAGAUGUGUUCCUAUCCUAGAGUGUGAUGGUGAGGAAUGUGAUUUCGUUGGAAGUGAGGAGGUGGUUCAUGGGGACCAAUAG